CUUCUCACCUUCGACGAAAACGGACUCCGACUCGGACGCCAUUUGCUGGAAGAAACCCCCAAUCACGGCCUCGAAGUGAAGUUCUAGAUACAUUUGCUAACAUUGCUGAUUAGAGACUGAUGAUUUCAGAGGUUGGCCUCGUGCUAGAGGGACCUGGCAGUCUUUCACAGGGGUUUAUCCUAGGCGCGUCGAGCGUCUCACUUGCUGAGCUUGUCAUGAUGACAAGACUCUCGCUAAAGAUGAGAUUGCUCUUGUCUUAUUUCCUCGCCAAAGCUGUGUGGCAGUUUUACGAUUCCGAGUGGAUGCAAAGAGAGUGGACCAAGAAUACUGUCCAUUUCAUGUUUGAACGAAGACCCAAAAUGCCGAAAGGAAUCUUUAUCAACGAGCCUUUCCUUUCCGCCUGUUUCGACGGUCGAAACCAAUCUUUCAAUCCAGAUACUGAGUUCAGAUCACACGUUCUUCCGAAGAUAUUGGCUUUGGGUAUCAUGCUGCUCGAGAUUGAGCUCAGAAUCAAAAUCGAAGACUACCGAAUGCCAGAGGAUGUCGAUUACAAUGGAGAGCCAAACGUCAAUGCUGAUCAUAUUGCUGCCAUGGAAGUCUUCAACAAUCCCGAUCUGUGGGCAGGCAAGGACACUUUUGGCGCUCUCCGAGAUGUGAUCGAGGCUUGUUUGACCCCGGUCAAGUUCCAGCCUUUUAAGAAUGAUAUUCCAGGGCUUCGUGACGCGUUUGAAAAGUUUAUUGUGAACCCGCUCCACGACCGAUACAAGUCUGCAUGGGAAGAUCCAGACGUGUCUAUCCCCCGGGCAGUCAAGCUCGACCAAACCGGCUCGCCUGCCAUGGAAGUUGUCAGUGAAAACACUCCUCCCGUAUCGCCGUCUCCCGUGCACAGUCUACUACAUGCUCCGGUAGCAACUCCAUCGCAUCAAAUACCAUACCAUCCAUAUCCCUCGUACCUGGGUGGCCAAGGAUACCCGCAGUUUCCCUAUCAGCCCAUGCAGUAUCCCGUAUCACCCUCCGUUACUCCACUGUCAGACGGUAUCAUGUCCAGCAGCUCAAACUUCACGUCCGAUGGAUGGUUUGGGGAGCUUGAUAAACUAAAUUCAGUCCUCCGCCCUAAGCCCAAGGAGAAGGACAAUGCGUAUAAGCCUAUCAAGAUAGCAAUACUUGAUACAGGGGUCAACGAAGCCUAUGCCGACAAUGUGAAGGAUUACAAGGAUUUUGUGAACGAAGACGAAGAAGAUUGGGACGAUAGUACAACCCAUGGGACUGGGGCAUUUCUGCUUGUACAGCAGAUCUACAAUAUGGCCGAGAUCUACGUCGGCAAGGUCUUCGAAAAGGCCCACGCAACGGACGAUACAGUCGCCCUCAUGACGAAAGCAAUACAACAUGCCCAGAACAGCUGGAAUGUCGACAUCAUUAUAAUGCCUUCUGGGUUCAGCUCAGAUGACAUAGAUCUGGAGAAUGCUAUUGACCAAGCAAGGCAAGCUGGAAUACUCAUCUUCGCAGCAGCAUCUAACUACGGUAAUAUGAGCUACAUUGCCUUUCCCGGCCGCCUUUACAUCGACUUGAAGCUUUUCUGCAUGUUCUCUACCAAUGCUAGUAAUCGGGCACUUGCUGCAUUCAACCCGUCCGUACUCGGAAAAGCUAGGUACAGCUUCGCCAUCCUCGGCGAAGACGUCAAAAUUCCGAGGCAGGAAAAGCCUGUCUCGGGGACGUCUUACGCCGCUAUAAUCGGGGGUGCUGUCGCGGCUCGCAUCUUGGACUUUGCGCAGCAUAAAGACAACCGGGGACGAAUCCGGAGGAUUGAGAAGCUUAAAACAGUCGAGGGCAUGUCGGCGGUAUUUGACACAAUGGUGGGGAGUGCCGUCGACAAUGGAUAUCGCUGCAUGGCGCCGUGGAAGAUUCUUCCUUCUUAUAUUAGGGGGGAGGAGAUGGGACCGAAAAGAUUACGAGAAAGAGCGCAUAUUUGCGAGACGAUAUCGCGCGCACUGGAAGAAAUGCACAAGAGAUGACAAGGCCAGCCUCGAUUACUGCAAGUCGAUUGUCAACAUCUCUAUCGAAGAAGCCACCGGACUCAUGGCGUCUCGGUGUGCAACAAGUAUCGAAAGUUCUCAAAUCAAGCUCUGCAU